CCAUCCGCGCUCGUCGUCCGAGGCCAGGGCAGGACGAGCCGAACGAAAAGCUCCCGUCAAGCCAUCCGCCAAGUUUGGCCGAGCCGCCUUUGGGGGCUUGCUGUCGCCCGCACCAUGUCCGCGGCCGCCUACAUGGACUUCGUGGCUGCCCAGUGUCUGGUUUCCAUCUCGAACCGCGCUGCGGCGCCGGAGCAUGAAGGCGCUCCGGAGGCAGAGAGGCUGCGACUACCUGAGCGCGAGGUGACCAAGGAGCACGGCGACCCGGGGGACACCUGGAAGGAUUACUGCACACUGGUCACCAUUGCCAAGAGCUUGUUGGACCUGAACAAGUACCGACCCAUCCAGACCCCCUCGGUGUGCAGCGACAGUCUGGAGAGUCCCGAUGAGGAUAUGGGAUCCGACAGCGACGUGACCACCGAAUCUGGGUCGAGUCCUUCCCACAGCCCCGAGGAGAGACAGGAUUCUGGCAGCGCGCCCAGCCCGCUUUCCCUCCUCCAUCCUGGAGUGGCUGCGAAGGGGAAACACGCCUCCGAAAAGAGGCACAAGUGCCCCUACAGUGGCUGUGGGAAAGUCUAUGGAAAAUCCUCCCAUCUCAAAGCCCAUUACCGAGUGCAUACAGGUGAACGGCCCUUUCCUUGCACGUGGCCAGACUGCCUUAAAAAGUUCUCCCGCUCAGACGAGCUGACCCGCCACUACCGGACCCACACUGGGGAGAAGCAGUUCCGCUGUCCACUGUGUGAGAAGCGCUUCAUGAGGAGUGACCACCUCACAAAGCACGCCCGGCGUCACACCGAGUUCCAUCCCAGCAUGAUCAAGAGGUCGAAAAAGGCGCUGGCCAGCCCUUUGUGAGGUGCUCCCCGUGGCAGCCAGGCAGAGGUGGACCCUGAAAGGACAAAGAACUCCCAGGAAACAGACAGACACAUGGAAACCCAGCCCCAGCAGAGGCACACUGGCCGAAGGAGGUCACUGCUAUUGGGCCAAUGUUCUAAUGUCCCUCUCCCUCGUUGUUUUCCAAAAGCACAUGGUAGCCUAAGAUCAAAGUCAACCCUCGGUCCCCUUGUAGAGGCAGCUCUGACCCUGUCUCUGACUGUUGAAGGGAAGGCAAAUGCUUUUGUUUUUUCCUCCUUUAU